AUGUCUCAAAUGGUGGCGAACCCAACAAGAAGCCGAAUGGUGUCUUCCGGACGGGCAUUCGAUCCUCAAAACCCCUACGAGAAUUGGCCAUCCUACGCCGAAUUGCCUCUCGACCCGUCUUACCCUACCAAGGCCGCAUGGGGAGUCUGGGGUGCUGAUGAUGUUCAUGGUGCGCUCAACCACAUAACACAGGUAACCAUCAAAACGGCCGCCACAGAAGAGAUUCAAACGGGACAAGCUUUCAACCUGAACCUCGAACUGAACUUCAUUCCACGACCUAUCCUGGCAAGACGCAAGCCCACCAUUCAUCUGGUCAAGCCAGGCCCUCAGUCCAAUGACGAUGUCAUCACGCUGAACACCCAGGCUUCAACCCAGCUCGAUGGGUUGCGCCACUAUCCAUACAGCGAGCCUGUGGAGAAUAGAAGUCGAACAUAUCGCUUCUACAAUGAUCUCAUCACCAACUAUGAGGAAAUCAUUGGCGGGAAUAUGACCGACGUAUUGGGGAUCCAACAGGCAGCUGACAAGGGCAUUGCUGCUAGAGGUAUCUUACUGGACUACAAGGGAUGGAUGGACAGCAAGAACAUGUCCUUUGAUCCGCUCAAGGCACAUGCAGUCGCCGUGUCCGACCUGGACAAGGUCGCCGAAUGGCAGGGUUUAAAGGGUGACUGGGCAAGACCAGGAGACAUCCUACUUGUGCGUUUUGGCUGGAUUGAAGCCUUCAGCAAGCUUGAUGACAACCAGCGACAAGCCAUAGUUCUCGGCUCAGGGGAAUACAUUGGUGUUCCGGCUUCGCCUGCCACCGCUGAAUGGCUGUGGAGUAAGAAGCUAGCAAUGGUAGGUGGCGACAACCCUGCGUUUGAAGAGCAUCCUGUUGCAGUACAAGACUUUGACGGGGAAGAGAGAAGUCUUCACCAGAUUAUGAUCUCUGGCAAGUUCCCCUACUGCUCAAAAUGA